ACCUUGAGACAAGGAGGGUAAAUACUGAUUAGCACGCUAGCUUGAUGACCGUUAUGUCAUGAAGACACAGUGACACAGUGUUUUAUUCAUUUGAUGAGUUCCCCUUUGUAAACUGGGCUGAAAAAUGAGUAAAUAUGCAUAGAAUGUUGCACCAGGGUGUUUUUAUUAUUGCUGCAGAACAGUUGCUGCACAUUGGGAAAAGCCAAUUCUGCUAUUGACUGGAGAUUUUUUUAGAGCCUUAGCCAAUAGCUUACUGAUUAGGUUUGUUUAUUUUUUAUUAUUAUUUUAUAUAUUUUGGCUUGACAUAAACAACAAACACUAACCAGACAUCUCUACCAAAGCACAAUAGCAUUAAAUAACCAAGCUUGCAUAACCACACACACACAACACAAACACACUGUCAGAGGCAGGAACUGAGCAGAGCCAUUUUAACUUCUUAUUUCUCAGCAGCAGUGCAGUCAGCUGCGAGUCACAUGACCGGCUUGCCUAUUCUUACUGAGCAUGCCCAGACCCCUCAGUGUUGUCAGGCAAAAUAUAAGAGAACAGCGAGAGCAGAGAUCUGCAAUAGAUAAACACACAGACUCACACACAGCAGCUGGCUUGCCUGCAGACACGCAUCGAGGGGCGGACAGAGUCAUACUGUCGGACCGUUUUCUCUUCAUGCUCCUCUUUCCCAUUUCAACGGACUUGAUGUCAUCUAUCAUUUCAGAGGAAAGCAGUCCCUGAGAGAGAGGGAGACAGGUGUGCCCUUUAAGAGGGGUAGCAGCUGAGGCAAGGACAGCAUCCGAGUCUCCAUCCUCUCUGGAGGAUGCAAUGGUUGGCAGUCAUCAAAGGCCCAAACCUGUCUGAGAGAGCCCUAUGAACAGCAGACCCAAUGGACAUCAAAGGCCAGUGCUGGACAGACGAGGAGUCUGAUGGGGAGACCGAGCCAGAGCAGUUCCUUUAUGGUAUCCAGUGCUGCUUGUUGCAGGGGAGCUGUGCUGCUGACCUGUACCGCCAUCCGCAGCUAGAUGCAGACAUUGAAGCUGUGAAAGACAUCUACACAGACAGUGCCAUUUCUGUCAGGGAGUAUGGAACCAUCGACGACGUGGACAUCGAUCUUCACAUUAACAUCAGUUUCUUAGAUGAGGAGGUUGCAACGGCAUGGAAAGUCAUCAGAACAGAGCCUAUUAUUCUGAGACUUCGCUUCUCUCUUUCUCAGUACCUUGAUGGACCCGAGCCAUCAGUAGAAGUAUUUCAGCCUUCAAACAAAGAGGGCUUCAGCCUCGGCCUGCAACUUAAAAAGAUCCUGACGACAUUCACCUCCCAGCAAUGGAAGCACCUCAGUAAUGAGUUCCUCAAGGCCCAGCAGGAGAAAAGGCACAGCUGGUUCAAAGCCGGAGGAACCAUCAAGAAGUUCCGAGCUGGGCUUAGCAUUUUCUCCCCCAUUCCCAAGUCUCCCAGUUUUCCUCUGAUCCAAGACACAGUUUUAAAAGGGAAGCUGAGUGUCCCUGAGCUGAGAGUGACGCGCCUAAUGAACCGCUCCAUCUCGUGUACCAUGAAAAACCCUAAAGGGGAGCUCUUCAGCUACCCACCAAAUAGCCAGACUGUGGCUGUCCCAGCGGCCAGGGCCCCAGCGCAGAUUACCACGAGGCAGCUGAUUGAAUUGUUUUUUUCAUCCCAGGCGGGCGGACACUGCAAGAACAUCCCUACUUUGGAGUAUGGCUUCUUGGUGCAGAUAAUGAAGUAUUCAGAGCAGAGAAUCCCCACUCUGAAUGAGUACUGUGUGGUCUGCGACGAGCAGCACGUCUUUCAAAACGGAUCCAUGCUGAAGCCUGCUGUGUGCACACGAGAACUGUGUGUAUUCUCCUUCUAUACUCUUGGAGUGAUGUCAGGAGCUGCAGAGGAAGUGGCCACUGGAGCAGAGGUUGUGGAUCUACUUGUGGCGAUGUGUCGAGCUGCUCUGGAGUCGCCCCGUAAGAGCAUCAUCUUCGAGCCCUACCCAUCUGUUGUUGAUCCCAAUGACCCGAAGACUCUUGCAUUCAACCCAAAGAAGAAGAAUUAUGAAAGACUCCAGAAAGCUCUAGACAGUGUCAUGUCUAUUCGGGAGAUGACCCAGGGGUCAUACCUUGAAAUAAAAAAACAGAUGGACAAGCUGGACCCUUUGGCCCAUCCCCUGUUACAGUGGAUUAUUUCCAGCAACAGGUCUCAUAUCGUCAAGCUGCCUCUCAGCAGGCAACUGAAAUUCAUGCACACCUCCCACCAGUUCCUGCUGCUCAGCAGCCCCCCAGCUAAGGAAGCUCGUUUCCGCACUGCCAAAAAGCUCUAUGGCAGCACCUUUGCCUUUCACGGUUCUCACAUAGAGAACUGGCACUCUGUUCUGAGAAACGGACUUGUCAAUGCCUCAUACACCAAACUUCAGCUGCAUGGGGCAGCAUAUGGAAAGGGCAUCUAUCUGAGCCCCAUCUCCAGCAUAUCUUUUGGAUACUCAGGGAUGGGGAAAGGACAGCACCGGAUGCCAACAAAAGAUGAACUAGUGCAGCGAUAUAAUCGCAUGAACACCAUACCACAGAGCCGUCCAAUUCAAUCAAGGUUUCUUCAAAGUCGAAACUUGAACUGCAUUGCUCUUUGUGAAGUUAUAACAUCGAAGGACUUGCAGAAACAUGGGAACAUAUGGGUGUGUCCGGUAUCCGACCACGUCUGCACUCGCUUCUUUUUUGUAUAUGAAGACGGCCAAGUAGGAGAUGCCAACAUUAACACCCAAGAACCUAAAGUGCAAAAGGAGAUAAUGCGUGUGAUUGGGACCCAGAUAUACUCCAGCUGAUGGAGAUCCACCAGCAAAGGCAGAUAGACAGACUGUCGAAGCGAAUGUUAGCCAACCUCAAAGUUGAUGCUGGAAGAUGAGGGAACUCUUAGCACAUCCCUUCAAGCAUGGUUUUGUGUUUGUCUUCUCCUCCAUCUUCUGCAUUUUUCCUCUCCAAUUUGUUGCAUAACCUGUUCGGCUCACCCUCAGUUUAAUCUGAUAAAAGCCUUUUUUUUCCCCACAGUUCAUGACAUUUACAGAGUACUGAUGAAAAAAAUGAGGGUGUCCCAACGAGUCCUUUAGGACACUGAUAUACUCACUCCCAUAGGAGGCCGGGGCAUUCUUAUCUUCACUGUUCAUUUCAUUUUAGGAUGUCUUCAUUUCUAUUUCUGAAUACAAUUAAAGUUAAAUGACGUUCAAAUAUUUGAACAAUUUUAAAUCUAAUUGUUCUUAUUAGUUAUUUACCAUGAGAGUUUGUGACAUGAUUAUUUUGGGGGGUGAGUGAGUGAGUGCCUUUGUCUUUUUACUUUCUUACACUAAAAGCACUUUUUGGUAAAUUUUAUUUUUUAAUUUCAGCUGUUAUUUGUGCUUACAGAGUCAUGACAGUUUAAAAAACCUGUACUCUACUGAUUUAAUAUUAUUAACAUUUCUAUUACAUAUAACAAAAUGAGGGAGAAGUGAGCAAAUUCCUUGACAAAUGUUCAUGAAAUAACUAAUUCCACAAUAUUCUACCACAGUAAUUAUUCUUGACAUUGAUAUUUAUAAUUAUCAUUGAACACUUUUACCAUAAAGGGCUGGGAUUCCUGUGGCACUAAUUCCACUAAGAUUUAACGUUUUAUUUUAUGAUUAACCAAAAUAAAAGUUAUUUUUGUUUAUUUUCUUUUUCAUUUUUGAAGAUUAAUGGGACUUGUCAGUUUUGAGCACUGACUAAGCCAUUUUCAAGAAAGUAUCACAAAGAAAAAUAUUUGCAACUUCCUAUUUUUAGCAGCCAGAUUCAAAAAUAUCAAUUUAAAUAUAUACUGGUAUUGUGUUACUUAUACUACUCAUAAAUACAGAAAAACAAAAUUAACAAAUUUAUCCUGGUAACUCGUACAGCUUUUAGCUAUCAUUUAUCAGAAUGGUUUAAAAAUGAGUGUCACCAUUUUAAUGUAUGUUGAAUGAAUCAACAAAAUCCAUUGUACAGGAACUCCUAAACAUUUUUCCUGAACUGUUCAGAGGACUAACUCAGUCCAGAUGAGCUCAGAUCCCCUCUGGAUAUCACUGAGUUGCGAUCAAGUGUGACUCUGGUUUCAUCUGAAACAGCGACCUUGUACAGAUAUCAUGUUUAUUCAUGUACUGUAUGUGUGUAUGUAUGUGUGGCUUUGUAUUUUCUUGACAUAUUAGGCAUUGCACUUAUUCAAUGUGAACUGGAGAAGCUGACCGGCCUCAGACCUUCAGUGGAAAGACUCUCAGAUCCAAAAUCUUAACUCUGUGUACAAAGACGGACUUUAGUUGCCUCUUGGAACUCUGACUGUUGAGAGGAUGGCAACCUGCUGCAUUGAAAGCAAUUUGUAAUCAUGGACACUGGAGACCCUAUUGAAGUGUACUGCCAAGAAUAAGAUGGACAUGUGGUACUGAUCUAUUGUGUUUCUGGACUAAUAACUGAUGCCUGAUUCUGCAAAGAGGCUCGAGCCAGGACGCUUUUUGAAAAUCUCCCUUUUCUCCGUCUGCUUCUCACGAGGGGGUGAUUUGAGAAAUGAUGUUGAUGACAAAGGUGAUGAUUGAUGCUGAUGAUGAAAGGCAGUAAAGUAGGAGAAAAAGAAUAAAGUCUGAUUUUGCACAAUUUUACAAA